UAGUAAAUUGCUGUGACUAGUGGUCGUAACGGACGUUGAGACGCCACUGCGACAGAACGUUAUCGGUUCCUCUAUCGGCUGGUAACUUCUUUCCGCUAUAGCAGCCCGCGACAGCAGUCAUAGUAAAGUUCAUUAUUUGGCAUUAGUUUUUCACGAUGAGUGGACGCGACGUGGUGAUUGUGUCAGCAGUUAGGACACCCAUAGGUUCUUUUUGUGGAGCUCUAUCUUCGCUGAAGGCAUCAGACUUGGGAAGUAUUGUUAUUAAGGAAAGUUUAUACAGAGCCAAAUUAAAGCCCACAGAUGUAUCUGAAGUUGUAUUUGGCCAGGCAUUAACAGCAGCGCAGGGUCAAAACCCAGCAAGACAAGCUGCCAUUAAAGCAGGAGUUCCCAUUUCUGUACCUGCUUAUCUUGUCAAUAUGCUUUGUGGUUCUGGUCUAAAGGCUGUAUUAAAUGGAUACUUGUCUAUAAAAUCUGGCGAAAAUGAAGUUGUAGUAGCUGGAGGUCAAGAAAAUAUGAGUCUGGCACCACAUACUAUUCACCUGAGAAAUGGUAUAAAAAUGGGUGAUGGCAGCAUGAUAGACACAAUGCUUUUUGAUGGUUUAACUGAUGCAUUUACUGGUAUCCAUAUGGGGAUUACAGCUGAGAACGUAUCCAAAGCAUUCAACAUAAAUAGAGAAGAACAGGACGAGUAUGCAGCAAAAUCUCAACAGAAAGCAGAGGCAGCGAUAAUAGCCGGUUAUUUCGAUAAAGAAAUAGUACCCGUAACGGUACCAAGUAAAAAGGAAUCUAUUGUCAUAUCGAAAGACGAAUUUCCUAAAGCGGGCACAACCGUUCAAGGACUUAGUAAAUUACGACCGGUAUUUAUCAAGAGCGAUGGAACAGUAACAGCAGGAAAUGCAUCAGGCAUCAAUGACGGUGCAGCAGCAGUAGUCCUCAUGUCUGGCGAAACCGCUGCGGCCAAAGGUAUAACUCCAUUGGCACAUAUUGUAGCCGUUGCGCAAUCUGGCGUAGAACCUGAUAUCAUGGGCACGGGUCCGAUCCCUGCCGUUGAAUUAGUUUUAAAAAAAGCUAACUGGACAAAGGACGAAGUUGAUCUUUACGAAUUGAACGAAGCUUUCGCGGCUCAGUCUCUUGCUUGUUUGAAAGUACUUGGACUUGAUCCUAAUACUGUUAACAUAAGUGGAGGUGCAAUUGCUCUUGGUCAUCCAAUAGGAGCUUCUGGAGCCAGAAUUCUUGUGACUUUGUUACACGCGUUAGAACGUACUGGUCGCAAAAAGGGUAUUGCAUCUUUAUGUAUAGGAGGUGGAAUGGGAAUAGCCAUUGCACUUGAGAGAAAAUAACGAAUAAUAUGUCCCGAAUACUUAAACUAAUUUAGUACUUUACUUUCUAUACUGCCACCGUAUUUGGCCUUCAUAGUUAAUAGUUAUCUAUGCACGAUUCUGUGAAAUUAUCUUUACCUUGCUGAUACCACUUUUUUCAACUGGCUACUUUUUCUACUCGCUAAUAUAUAAAAUUGUGCAUAGGAAGUACUUCACUCAGGAAAUAGACACAGUUUCAGGAUUAGUUAGAUGCUGAAAACGGAGAAGUAUUACGAUCAAAGUAUAUUCAACUACAUUUUUCACAGUAUUUUCACAGUAUCUGUAAGAGAAGAACGAUAAAAGGUGACGUAACAAAACAAAAAUUGUUUCUAGUUAAAAUAAGUAUUUUAUAUAUGUAAGAUUUUACUUCAAAUGAUUUUAAUAGGGUGCAGGAAUGUAUCUAAGUUUUUUUAUCGAGAGUGUGAGAGACAUAUUUUUAUAAUGAAAACCAAGGGAAGAAAAUAAAUAUA